AUGGAAGGCCUAACCCCCACCCAACUCACCACCUUUCACGAAAAAGGCUAUCUAGUCCUCCCCAACCACCUAACCACCACGGAAAUCACCUCCCUCCUCACCGAAACCCACCACCUCCUCGACACCUUCCCACUGGACACACACCCCCUAACGCAAUUCACAACCGGCGACGACCUGGACACCAACAGCAAACCCCACGUCGGAGACACCUACUUCCUCACCUCAGGCGACAAAAUCCGAUACUUCUUCGAACCCGACGCCAUCUCCACCACGCCCGACCCAACCACCGGAAAGCCCACGCUCCUGAAACCCAAGCAGCAAGCCGUGAACAAGAUCGGGCACUCGCUGCACAGUCUCUCGGAGCCGUUCCGGGCCGUGUCGCUGUGCGAACGUAAUGCGGCGAUCGCGAGGUCCUUGGGGUUUAAGGAUCCCCGGGUGCUGCAGAGUAUGGUGAUAUGUAAGCAGCCGGGGAUUGGGGGGGCGGUGCCGCCGCAUCGGGAUUCGGAGUUUUUGUAUACGGAUCCGCCGAGUGCGGUGGGGUGGUGGUUUGCGUUGCAGGAUGCUGGACCCGGGAAUGCGACUUUGGGGAUGUAUCCGGGUUCCCAUCGGGGGAAGGCUGGGGGGAGGAUUAAGAGGAGGUUUGUGAGGAGGGUUAAUGGGGAAGGGGAGGUGGUUGGGACGGAGUUUGUGGAGAAUGAUGGGCCCGGUUUGCCGAGGGGGAAGGAGGAGGAAGAGGAAGAGGGUCAGGGGCCUAAGGAGGAGGAUGUGGAGGUUCUAGAGGUCAAGGCUGGGUCGUUGGUUUUGAUUCAUGGCAAUGUUUUGCAUAAGAGUGAGAAGAACACCAGUGAGCGGAGUCGGUUUGCGUAUACGUUUCAUGUUAUUGAGGGCGCGGAGGGGUGGAAGUAUGAUGAGAGGAAUUGGUUGCAGCCGCCGGAGAAUGGGGAGGGCUUUUCAAAGUUGUAUCAAUGA